AUGGAUGCAUUAUCUGUUAUACAUUCAGCGUUGGUUACUGCUCUACAUGCCACCGUCAAAAUCCAAAAUCCAUUCAAGUUCUCAACGAUCGCGCGGAUUGAUGUCGGCAUCGAGUCGAUGGAGAAUUUUGCAGCGCUGGAUGUCGCCUAUGCUAUGGUCUCCAGUCAGACCUUACUGUUUCAUGCGUGUCUCAUAAGCAUGGGGGCGUGUCGAAGUAUAACGACUGAAUCCCGUGUCUAUGAGCUUGCUGCGACCGACGACAGUGGCGCCCAUAGCUUAGUUUCAAGAUUCUGGGCAGUUCAGGGCAUCAACGAAAUCGUCGAUCCCUCAGUCAUGCUGAGACAGGGAAUUGAAGAGCUGUUGGUAGUGAGCGUAUUGAUUCGCACUCGCACCACACUGGAAUUCUCGAAAGGGAAGGCGUUGAUCACGACCGUCCUCAUAAGCCGGACACAUAAUGGAGGGACAGUCAAGUCUGCCUUAUACGAUGAGAACGGAACUGAAGCAACAGAUGCGGAGGAGUAUGCGGGCGGAAAGAAUUGUUUGUUAGAGGAGCUGGUGUACAAUUGGUUUGUGUAUCGAGGGGGCUGGAGAGGUAAUGCGAGAGAGCUGCGCCUGGGAGAAGGGGGCUGGGGAGGUGAUAUGAGUACAUGGAUAGGAUCGCUUGGCUGGAGUUCGAUUAGGGUGACGCCUGUCCUGUAACCAAACCCUCGGCUAAGGCACAAUCGUCCUGCCAGUGCGGGCUCAAAGAUUUGAAGUUUCCUUGCCCAAGGUUAUUUGCAUCCGUUUGG